AUGCAAAAGGUUGUCAUAAGGUGUGCUUGCAACUUGAGUGAAGGAACUACAACAUACAACGUUGGGUCAGAGAUUGAAAAUAUCAAGAUGAAAAUUACUAAUUUGAAAACGAAUUUUCGAGACUACGGCAUAAAAGAAUCUAUAAUACAUGGAGGUGGGUCUAGUUCUUUGAAUGAGAGGGAGUGCAGGCAAACAUUUUCUCAUCUUGAACAUGACGUUGUUGGGUUUGACGAUGAUCUAAAUAAAUUGGUAGAGUUUUUGCUGAGAGAUGAGGAAGGCAAUAGAGUUGCUUCCAUAUGUGGUAUGUGUGGUCUGGGGAAGACCACUUUUGCCAAGAUGGUUUAUAACCACCACAAAAUCAAGCAACAUUUUGAUUGUCACACUUGGUCAUAUAUCUCACAACAAUGUCAAAGAAGACGAGUUUGGAAAGAAAUUCUAAUCAAGAUUAAUGAAAAGGAAAGGAAUGGAAUUCAAAAGUUGAAGGAUGCAGAGAUCGUUGAGAAACUUCAUGAAGUUCUACGCGAGAAAAAGUGUUUGGUAAUUUUAGAUGAUAUUUGGAAUAUUGAGACUUGGAACAUUCUACGUGAAGCCUUUCCCAUGAAGAAUACUAGCAGUAAAAUUCUGCUUACCUCUCGUAAUAAAGAAAUACCUUUACAUGUAGAUGCCAGAGGUUUUCUCUAUGAAUUGCAAUGCCUAAAUAAGGAAAGGAGUUGGGAAUUGCUUGUGAAGAUAGCAAUCUCUUGGAGAAAAGGUAUUGCAACUAAUCUUCUCCUUUGGUAA